UCAUCUUGCUCGUUGCAUGCCAUAUUACAUCCCUGGCUUUCUGCCUUUUGUAGGCCAGCAGAGAGAUUUAUAGGCCAGGAUGUCUCAUAUCUUUACAGAUACACAUAGAGUAGUAGACAUGAAUGCACUGGUUAGCUCCAUGACCCGUGAACUUGAUUACUACUGGGCACUAGGUGACGUCCCUGACAAUGGCAAAACAGCAUGUGUCAUCUACAAAGUCCAGGAGCACAUUCGCACGGUUGACAAGUUCUCAUAUGAACCUUGUGUGCUAUCAAUUGGGCCCUAUCACCAUGGAUCUCCAGCCGCACGGAACAUACAGAAAGAGAAAUGGAGCUAUCUAGACUAUGUUCUCAAAAUAAAAUGUGAUAAAAACUUGCUGGAUUACCUAGUUGCACUUGAAGGCCUAUCAAAACUAGCAAGGAAUUGCUAUUCUGAGGACAUUAAAAUGGACAGUGAAGAGUUUUUGCAAAUGUUAUUACUCGAUGGGUGCUUUGUCUUGGUAGCUCUUGGUGGAACAAGAGGUAUUUUACCAUGUGCAAGACGGCAGGCAGACAACUUAAUUGCUGAGGAAGCACUGGUGGAAAAUGAAGGACAGAACAAACCUCAUUCUCAUGAUGCUGAUGGGGCCAAUAAGACACAAAACCAAACUAUGAGUCAAGAAGAUGGUCAAGAUGACAGACAGGGGGAGGAACGCAGUACAUAUGAGGAUGAAAUCGGACCAUGGUUUUUCAGAUUUUUACUUCAUGAUUUAUUCUUGCUGGAGAAUCAAAUACCUUUCUUCAUUGUGAAGGAGAUAUUCAAGGUAGUUGCCGGUGACAACGUCUGUAUUGAUGAACCAUUUACUCAUGAUAUAGCAAAGUAUGUGGAAGGUGCUUUGAGGUGGUUUCCAAAAUCAAUCCAAGAGCAUGAUAGGCCAAAAGACUUCCACCAUUUGCUUCACUUGUGCCAUAUGUACUUUAAGCCAAGUCGGAAAGAAGAGAACUACCAAGCAGGGCCACAGUAUCUUUACCGAUUUCUAAACAUUGGACGGAAAUACUUGAAGCUUGAACACCAUCAUGAUGAUACUGAAAACAGUUCACCAGUCAACCCUGAGAUGCCAUCCUUACAAGACAGCCAGCAGUUCAAUCGCUGGCGGAGAGCUGCACAAUACCUUGAAGCUGGAGUUAAAUUUAAGAAACGGGAGCAUGUUAAGUCACAUCCUCAUUCACUAUUAGACAUAAAGUUUAGCAACGGGGCAAUGGAAAUUCCGUGUAUCAUCGUUGAAGAGUUCACUGGGACUCUCUUCAGGAACCUAAUUGCAUUUGAACAAACUUGCCCUCAGUUCGGAGACGACUUUACAGCAUACACUGUUUUCUUAUCCCAGCUGAUAAGUAUGCCUGAAGAUGUCACACUACUUGCUCGGAGAGAGAUCAUUGUGCAUCACCUCGAUAGCGAUGAAAUGGUAUCAGAUCUGUUCACCAUGCUCAGUAAAGAUGUGGUCUUUGAUUUUAAUGGCCAGUAUUAUCUUAAAACCUUAUGCCAGAUGAUGGAAGCUUACUGCCAAAGUCGUUUAAACAGGUGGAUGGCAUGGCUCUGGCUAAAUCAUUUCAGAAAUCCAUGGUUGGUUUUAGCUGCAUUCGCCACAAUUGUUGUCCUCGUCUGUACAGUAGUACAGACUGUUUAUGGGAUAUUGGCCUACAUUGACCCACCAGGAGGUAGCACGUAAAGUCCAGUAAGCACAAGCAGGCAAAUAACACCUUAAUUGCACAGUGGUAUUUGUUAUUCUGGAUGCCAGCUUCGGCAACAGUUUUCCAGAUCCCUGCUCUGAAGUUCACAAUUGGGACAGAAGAGCAACAUUAGACAGUAUGGCUACUAUACAUGACAUUGGGCAUCUUGGGCUCCCUGCUGUGCCAUCUGGGCACGGAUACGCCUGAGUUUCUGCAGACUUACCAGAUGAGGCGACUCUGUCUAUACAGUUCGUGUGAGCAAUAUAUCUACAUUCAUUUAGUACAAUCUAGAAUGAUUUGUUUAUUUAAGUUCUUAAUUUGGAAUCAUUUACUACAAUGUGUCCAACGCCACAUAGUGUUGGUUUAAUA